AUGCCCGAAAUAGGUACAUGUACUGACACAACAUGUGAUGAUGGAAUCAAAGAAUUAUAUGAAUGUCAUUGUUGUUCACGUCUUGUGUGUUUAAAUCAUUUGAUUGAACACGUUGAAAUAACACAACAAAAUAAACGACAAUUAGAUAGUCUUCAUAAUGAGUUAAAUACAGUUAUAAAUACACUUAAACUAAUUGUUGAACAAAAGCUAUUUACUAUUGGACACGAACAAUACUUGAUUGAUCUAGCACAACGAUAUCUUGAAGUCCCCGAUAGUUCAAUUGAUGAACUACAAAGUAUUUUCGAACAAGUUAAUCAAGCAAUUGCAUCAAAUCGUUCAGAAACCAUGGUGAAAGUCGAACCUCCCUUGUCAGAAACUAGAAAUUGUUCUUGUGUUUGCAAAUGUAACAAGACAAACAUGGAUUCAAAUGAUCAAUCACCAUUGAGGAUUACUCCUUCACCAGCAGAAUCUGUUGUUCAUUCCAAUGCAACCAUAGAUACCGAUGUAACAGAAGAAUCUGUAAUCUCAGAAAAUGCUGGAUAUUCAACGUAUAUCGAUCAUGACUAUACUGAUGUAAUAUCAAUUGAUAUUUAUUCGUCAUCAAAUCUGUAUUCAAAUCAACAUAAUAAGAUACCUAUUAUAAGCUCGGAUCAACAUCUAAAUAAAAAACGGAAGAAACGUAAACGAAUAUCACGCUCAAAGAUUUUUGCUGAAUGUCCAUUAACAUUUGAUGGAGCAUAUGGUCUUACUCAAGCAAAUCAUUCUAUUAAAUUUUGUGAACAUGGAAAAAAACGUCGAGUCGGAAUAUAUCAACAUUUCCUUAACAAACAUAAAUUAAAAGAAGUUUAUGCUCAACGUUUAAUACGAGCUGUUGCCGAUAAUCAAGAUCCUAAGAUAACAGAGUUAUUUGAUGGAAAUGAAGAUGUAAUUGAUCAUUUUUAUAGAGUUCAAUGUCCUUUUACUAAUGGACGAGUUCAUUUGCCAGGAUAUAGUCUACAAAGUAUAUCAAAUGUACCAUGCCGACGUCAUCUAGUUCCACUUAAUGCAUUAAAAUAUCAUUUACGAAAAUAUCAUCAUGCUUCUCAAGCGUUGGCACAAAAAUUACUUGAUGAUUUCAAGAAAAUUCGAACAAAAAAAUGA